AUGUCUGCCGUUCUGAAAGCAUUAAAUUUACAUAAAUUAAAGCAAAAGAUUUCUUUCUCAACGAGAACUUGCAUUAAUCAUCCUCGGAAAGCUGUUACUGAAGACGAAAACAUUGUUUUGACUGUAUAUAUUCCCCACGAGUACCUAGAACAAUUGUAUGACUUGAAGCAAGAUGGCAAGUUAACUGGCCUGUCGUACGUCGAAGUUUUAAAUGCAUUUAUAUCGCAGAAUGCCUUGGAGAUAAAGCUAGACUGCGAAAGAAUUACUACUACAAUACGUAGAUAUUGUGGGGAGAUAGAAAGCAAAAUCGAAAGGUUGCGAGGCCGUGUAAGAACAGAGUACUUGGCGAAGUCAAAAUGCAUUUCUGUUUACGAGAAGGAAAUUGCCAGGGUGUCUGAGGCGAAGAAUGAGCUAGAAAGUGCAAAGGCAGUUUGUGAUACCUUGUCCAAAGAGAAAUACAAUUUAAAUGAGCAAUGCGAGAUACUAUCGAAAGAGUUGUGUACAUUGCAAGGAGCCAAGAAAGAGACUGAACGAAAGCUGGAAUGUGUGACAAAGGGAAAUCAGGAAGAGUUAAACAAGAAUGAAGUACUGAAACAGUACAUUGAGAAAAUGGCAAUCCCAGAUAAUUGUGAGAAUACUGGAAAAUAUAUAGCAGAUGUGGGGAAAAGGCAACAGCAUCGGAAAAUAAAAGAACUCAAAACACAAGUUGAGAGAACUCUUUGGUUUGCUAAUACCUAUGGACUGCAUUUGGAGUCUUUAAAAUUAUCUGACAAUUCUGGUGCUGAAUAUGAAUUGGAAUUUACAGCCGGUGGAACCAAAAGAGUUAUAAAGAUUUACCAGAAACUGAAAAGCAGAAAGUUAAAGAAGGUCUUUUGA